AAAGAACCAUGGUUUUGACGUUCUGUAUCACAACAUGAAGCAUGGACAGAUCUCUGCCAAGGAACUGGCUGAUUUUGUGCGAGAGAGGGUGACUGUGGAAGAGGCCUAUGCCAAAUCUAUGGUCAAGAUGUCCAAGAUGGCUGGAAACAGCACCCAGGUGGGGACUUUUGCUCCCCUGUGGGAGGUCUUCCGCAUCUCAUCGGACAAGCUGGCCCUGUGCCACGCGGAGCUUGUGAAGAAGCUGCAGGAUUUGAUCAAAGAGAUCGGACGUUAUGGAGAUGAACAGAUACGGGUGCACAAGAAGUCAAAGGACGAAGUAGCAGGGACCCUGGAAGCCGUCCAAGUCUUACAGGGAGCAGCUCAGCAUCUCCCAAAGGCCAAGGAGAACUACCACAGCCGAUGCCAGGAGCUGGAACGUCUACGUAGGGAAGGAGCAAGCCAGAAAGAGAUUGAUAAGGCCGAACUGAAAUCCCGCAAGGCGGUCGAAGCUCUCCGGCGUGCUGUGGAGAAGUACAACUUGGCCCGCGAUGAUUUUGAGCAGAAGAUGCUGGACUCUGCUCUGCGCUUCCAAGAAGUAGAAGAUUCUCACCUGUGCCAUAUGAAGGCCCUGAUUGCUUCCUAUGUGCAUUCUGUGGAAGACACCCAUGUGCAGAUCGGACAGGUCCAUGAGGAGUUCAAACAGAACAUGGAGAACAUCGGGGUAGAGACGUUGCUACGAAACUUUGCUGAGAGCAAAGGAACCGGCCGUCACCCACCAGGGCCGCUGGAUUUUGAGGAGCUGAGCAUGACCCCAGCACAGGAAGGACCAAAGCGAACCCGCAGCAAAGCUUUCCGCAUCCCUGGCUUGGGCCGCAAAGACCGCGAACGGGAUUCUGUGGAAUCUCCAGAUGCCGAUUCAGUGCAGGCUCCAGAAGUGGAUGAAGAGGGGUUUACUGUUCGUCCUGAUACAAGCCAGAACGGCGAGCACAGCAACCACUUGUGCUCAUCCAGCGAUUCGGAUUACGACGACGAGGAGCCGCACAAGUUCUACAUCCGCAUCAAGCCUGUGCAGCCGCGCGAGAGAACCAACAGCGCGGCGGCUUCUGCUGCGGUGGAACAGCUCAAGGCCUCUGUGGGCAAUCUCAUCCUGCCACCAAGCGUGGGGUGCACCAUGAAAAGGCAUUCGUCUAGGCACUUGAAAUCUCUCACCUCUGCAGCCGUGGAAACAGAUUCUGACACAGCCCCAGCUCCAGGUGACAAAUUAGGAAAAUCACAGACUCCCCGGCUUGCCAUCCAGACAAACAGUUGUGAGGACAAGAUUCCCGAACCCGACGCCCUCCCUGUCAGUGCGCUGUUUGGACCUCCGCUGGAAUCCGCUUUUGAAAAUGAAGAUUUCUCAGCCCCCCGAUCGUACCUUCUGGCUUCUAGCCCAUCCCCCUUUUCCUCCUCGUCUCUCGAGAAUGUGGAAGACUCCGGGUUAGACUCGCCAUCGCACCCAGCCACUGGGCCUUUCCCGGAUUCUCGCCUGUGGAGUCCACGGCCUUGCACUCCCCAGAGCCCCGUCAGCAAGCGGUCUUCAAAGAGCUCCUUGAGUCUUCGUGGCAAUCGGCGUGGCCUGAUGGUUGAAGAUGGGCCCAAUCCCUGGCUGCCCCAGUCUACCUCCCAGGAUCCCCCCUGCUUCGCCUCGGAGCCCGACUGGCCAGAUUCUAUAUCUGCCUGGCCUGCAGUGACUCAUACUAAUUCCUCCUGCCACCGGCAAGCGUCCUCUCCUGACCUGUUCUCCUUGGAAGGCGGCAUGAGCAGCCGGCGGGCCUGGGCGGUCAGACCUCGCAGCCCGGCCUCAGACUGCCCCCCACGGGCCUGCGAGCGCGACAGCUGCCUGUCAUCCAAUUCUGCCUCCUCUUCCUCCUCCUCCCCAGCGCCCCCAAGCAGUGGUGACUCCACCAGCCCCUCUCCGUGGGCCCCACGGAGCCGAGACUCAGAAAGUGGGACACCGGGUAUCCCCGAGGUGUCGUCUGAACCCACAUCUCUUCCUUCCUCUGCCGCACCCUGUUUGGCCACGAUGGUGGCUCCACCCCGGCGAUGCCGAGCAAAAAGGCCUUCAGCCGUGUCGGCUACAUGUGCCGGCAGUGACACGCCUCGGUCCCUGAGCCCAUCGCCCCUCUGGGCCUUGUCAGCCCCUCCAAGCUCAGGCAGCCUAACGGAACGAGCCUUCUUCAUGGCCACCCAGCCGGGACUUGGGAUCUCCCGGGGUCCUUCUCCUGUGGUUCUGGGCUCUCAGGAUGCCUUACCCGUGGCGACGGCCUUCACAGAAUAUAUCCAUGCUUACUUCAAAGGUCACAACCCAGACAGCUGUCUUGUCAAGGUCACUGGCGAACUCACCAUGUCCUUCCCGGCGGGGAUCGUCCGGGUCUUCACUGGUGCCUCAGCACCCCCUGUCCUGAGUUUCCGUAUCCUCCACACGGCCUCCAUCGAACAGUACCUGCCCAAUUCCGAUCUCCUCUUCAGUGACUCAUCCCAGAGUGAUCCCAGCAGCAAGGACUUCUGGCUCAACAUGGGGGCCCUCACCGCGCACCUCCAGAAGCAGGCGGAGGAAGUGGCAACCACCCCCUACUUCAAUGUGCCCCUGCUGAGAUACCAGUAUUCCAAGCAGGGCCUGGCUUGGGCUCCCCUGCAGCUGACGGUGAACUGGGAGUGCGCCUCGGAUACCACGAGGGUGUGCGUGGAUUACAACUACAAUGCGUCUGCCCUCGCCUCGGCGGUGGCGCUAACCAACGUGCAGGUCCUGCUGCCCAUUGAAGAGCCAGUUGCCAACGUCAAGCUGCAGCCGACGGCCUGUUGGAAUAUGGAAGAGAAACGCUUGCUUUGGCGGCUGCUGGAUGUUCCUAGCGCCCAGGGUCUUGGAGGUUGCGGCCGCCUUUUGGCCAGCUGGGAGCCCUUGAACGGUCCCACCAAGCCGAGGCCUGUGGCCGCUCAGUUUACCAGCGAGGGCAGCACGGUCUCCGGUGCAGACGUGGAGCUGGUCGGCAGUGGUUAUCGGAUGUCGCUUGUCAAGAAGAGGUUUGCCACAGACGGCCACAGCCUGGGGACGCCCCCCGGCAACUCCAGAGCUGCCGCGAAAGGGUUCUCUGGCCACGGGCCGCAGCUGCCUGCGGAAGGUAUGAUCGGGCACCCGGCAGAUACAGUGCCGCCUUCCCGGCUCUACCGGACCUGCCGGUAUCCGCAGAGGGUACAUGUGAUAUCGCCAAUGCACCCCGAAGCCGCCGGCAGCAGGGCAAGCGCGACUCAAUUGCCCUACGUCGGGCUGGGCAGCAAGCACCACCGUCUGCCGCCGCCCGGUGACGAGAUAACAUCUGCGGAGAUCGCCAGCAGCGAGUAA